GAGUGCAUGAUCCAUGAUUGUUGGAUCAUGGUUGAGUGUUUUGAAAUAUUUUAAAUCUUUCAUGAGACUUUCGAUUUUAUCAAAAUUUUAUAAAAUUUUACAAUGAUUGUCAAAAUCAAGUGACAUUAAAACUAUGAAAAAGUAAUGUAAAUUAACUUCAAUAAGUAAAAAAAGUAUUCUUCAUAUAAAUAUCAUUGAAACGAGAUGUCCUUCAUUGGAGGAGAAACUUCUGAAAGAAGAUUUGAGAUUGAAUGUAAAUUAGAAGUAGAAAUUAAUGCUUUGAAAGCUUUGAACAAUGCACAGGUACAAAGUCAACGUUUAACAAGUGGCAUGGUAGCAAUAAUAUCUUCUUUGGAAGAAAGAUUAGCAACUCUUCGGCGUACAAUUCUUCCAGUUUACAAUGAGACAGGAAACUUGCAGUCUCAACAGCACAAUAUCGAAAAAACUUUGACAGUACUGGAUCAUGCAAUUGGCUAUUACGGCGUGUGCCAAGAAGUAGAGGGAUCAGUUCGAGGUGGACCUAACGGUGCAGGUGGUUUAGAUGGUUUUCUUGAAGCAAUGAACCGUUUAUAUAAUGCUCAGCAUUACUUUCAAAAGAAUAAUCCAAGUUCUGUUGAACUGGAAAAUAUUUCUACUUUAUUUGGUGUUGGAUUAGAAGCACUUUAUGCUGAAUUUCAUGAUAUUUUAGCCAGACAAAGUAAACCGAUGCUGCCAAUUGUACUUUUAGAUAUAAUUGGUUCUGAUGAGGAUACUAGUGGCGAAGAUGCUCCACAAUCUCUCUGUCAGUUACCAGAAAGUACAAUUGGCGAUUUAGUAAAAAUAGCUGUCUGGCUGGAGGAAAGAGGACUUCGUCGUUAUGCUGAUAUAUAUACAUCUGUUCGAUCUGCAAUUGUUCUUCGAUCAUUGCAACUGAUGAAAGAACAUCAUAGAAGUGCAAGUGGUGGCAGCACACACGCGGCUAGUCCUAUGAUGAAGACGAAAUUUCAACAUCGUCAUUCAUUAAGUGCACAAGAAAAUGUUGGACGCAAAACGUCACGACGUUUACAGCAUGCUUUAGAGAAAAAGGCCAGUAAAAUGUUUUUAAAAGCAUCUCAAACUACUGGUAUAGGUCUUUCAUUUCCUUCCUCAAGAAGACAAUUGCCAACACCAUCUAAUGUUAUUGUUGAAGAUACUGCUCCAGAAGAACAAGAAAUGGAAAACUAUCUUUUAUUAACUGCUAGUUUACAUAAACUUAUACAAUCUGAACGUAUUUUGUUGGGUAGGAUUUUAUCAUCCUAUUUACAACCUCAAGUUUUAGAAGCAACUGUACGUGAUGCUAUGGAUCUUGUAGUUCAUGAUGGAGAAAAUAUUGCAUCAAGAGCUAAACGUUGUAUUGGGAGACGCGAUUUUUCUGCUGUUUUAGUUGUUUUUCCAAUUUUAAAACAUCUUGGCGAAUUAAAACCAGAUUUUGAAAGAACAGUUGAAGGAUGUGAUUACACUCUUAGAUCGAAAUUCGCAUCGCUUAUAUCGACAUUAAAUGCAACGGGAGCUAAAGCUUUGGAAGACUUUGCUGAAAGUGUACGCAAUGAAGCAGGAACUGCUUUACCAAAAGAUGGAACAGUGGCUGAAAGCACUAGUAAUGUUAUAGUAUUUCUAGAACAGUUAAUUGAAUACACGGAUACUGCGAGCAGUGUACUCAAUCGUAACGAAACCGAUUUUACAGUUACAUUCAAAGAUAGCUCUCAUCGUGCACUUUUAGGAUCCUACAUAAAAAAAGUGUUAGCUCAAUUAAAUUUAUCUUUAGUGAGUAGAAGUGAUAAUUCAUAUUCAGAUGCAGCUUUACGUGCUCUAUUCCGAUUAAAUAACCAUAAUUAUGUGAUAAAUGCUCUCCGUCGGAGUUCACUAAUGGAAUUAUUAUUAUUGGCUGAACCAAAUGCUGAGCAAACAUACGAUGAUCUUCUUCUACGGAAUCAAAUUAAUUACGUAUCUGCUACAUUCAGCAAAGCUAAAAUGCCCAUAGAAAAUGCUAAUGAUGAUACAGAUUUGGGAUCAAAAACAAUCAAAGAAAUAUUUUCUACUUUUACUAAGGAAUUUGAUGAAGUUGCAAAACAUCAGCGAUCAUUUUCAGUACCGGAUGCGCGUUUAAGAGCUGAUUUGCGUAAGGAAUUAAACAAUUCUAUCACACCGGUUUAUUCGGAUUUUUAUAAUAAGUAUAGAAAAACUUCCUUUUCAAAAAAUCCUGGAAAAUACAUUAAAUACACUCCGGAACAAAUUUCGAGUACUAUCAAGACAUUCUUUGAUGGAACAACAUAAGAUUGGAUCUCUAAAUGCCGAUUUUGCAAGGAAAAUUAAUAUCACAUAAUUAUUUAUAAAAAUUAAAAAUUCAUUAAUGCAGUUUGAUUCUUCAGUGAUUUUAAUAAAAGAAAGUUAUAAAAAUAUAGUAUUAUGAAAUAAAGAUUUUGAAUACAUGGUGGUAAUUAUUAGGUUAGAAUUUAGAAUUCUAAAAUAUCUAAAAAUGUAAUAAAAUAUAUCUGUAAAUAUAA